AUGGUCACAGGCCGCAGAAAGAAAGCGCCAGCUAAAGAUCCAGAUCAACCAAUUUCCGUAGAUGACCUAUGCAAAAUACUGGAAAACCUCAUCGAGUUUCAAACCCCAACUCAUCCUCAAGCUUCUGGUAAAUUGAAUCGCAAACGUAAAAAACCAGGCGAUCUCAAUACUCCUCACAAGAGCUUUACGUCUUUUAAUUCACAAGAGACCAAAGCUUUCAAAGACUUCUUUUCUUUGUUGCUUUCGGUUAAGGAUCAUGAUUUGGAACGAGGUUUUGGAAGUGAUGAGCUAGUCGCCAAUUCGGAAAAGUACUGCUCUUUUUUCCGUCAAGGAAUCUUGCCUCUCUACGCAAUUCCAUGUUCUCACAUCAUUAAAGCAAAGGAAGAUAGCAAUCCAAUCCAUACCUCACCUCUACUUGGUUUGGUGACUUACAUCUACGAAGUGGAGCUGGAGGCUUGUUGGGCACGCGAGCUCAGUGCAAAGAGCACGCGCUUCUUCAAUGACAAAGUUGAACUGGGCCGUCUAUGGGAAGAUCUCUUGACUGCAUUUGGCGAUGGUAUUCGGACUCAUGUCAUUGACACGGACUCCAGUCCUGAAUUGACUGUUUUCAAAGAUAUUCUGGGACCUGUUCAAUUCCCUUUUGUUGCGUCCGUCAUGCGUAUUCAUAAGUCGAAGAAUUCCCCGAAGAUCAGUGCCAAAGUACCAAGAGCGCUCUUGGAGUCAGUCGAGGCAUUGUGCGGCGCAAGCCCCGAAAACAAGGAGCUCAUCAAGUCGCCCUCGGUCAUUGGCCCGUUGGUAGAGUUUCUAUAUCUUACCUCUCCCGUUUUCCCCUGGGGACAUCACACUUCAGAAGUUCAGACACGUAUUCAUCAGAUUUUGGUCUCGCUCUUUGUUCUUCUUCUUAGGGGUUUACUUUCUGAUGUCAUCUGCGAUCACUCCGAUUUUAUGUAUGCGAACGUUGCGCUGCAGCUGGCCUUCACGGUUGCUCCUCUACUCAGGCCAGUGAAAGUACCUGGAAAAAAGUCUCCUACACCUGCUGAAGCACGAAAAGCACGCACAAACUGGUUCAAACAAAUCUUCCCAAUCUCCAAAUUCGGUCAAGAACUCGCUGACGAGGUCGUCGUCAAAUUAGUGGAGAUGGUCAGCAGGCAAUUUUGGAUCGGAGUAGGAGCCAUCCAUAACCGGCUUGUCAGAGAUGAUGACGACAAAGCGCGUUCAAUCCCAAUCAUCAGCGGCAAUCUGAACGACACGAAACUUGAGUGGGACGAAGACUCAAUACCCGUGACCCGCAGCAAUGUCCAAUUCAACAAAUCCACGUUGACCUGGUGUAGUGUUGACUUAUUGGUCCGUCCCAAUGUUUCCUGUUGUAGAUUGCCAAACGCUUAUUUUGAUAGCAAAAUAUGUUCACAGGACCCAGGCUCGAAAACUCGAGGAAUAGAGAUGAACGCUGAAGUCGAAUAUGAAGAAAUUGCCAGGUCAGAAUUGAAGAUGGGCAAAUCCUCAAAAAAUGGGGAGGAAUCCCAUAUGAAGCUCGUUCUAUAUUUGAAAACGCCGCCAAUCAUUGAAGGAAUUCCGAUAAAGCGAACCAGCAGUAGCUUUCUAUCUUUGAUCAUUAGCUCGCGCUACGAUUUCAUACUGCCUCGUCUACUAAAGAACAGGCAUAUAGUCAGUCCUUCGAAUUCAUUCAUAUCACUCGAGUUCUAUGCUGAUGAUGGUUUUGGGAAUUUCAGUCUAAUACCCAUCACUCCAUUUGAAGCUAUUGGCGCUGAGAAAGAGAGCCAGCGCAAGAUACAUGCGGAAUCGCGACAUCAUGCGGAUCGAACACUUUCUAAAGUCUCUAUGAACAAAGAACACCUGCUAGCGGUGAAUGUUGGUCAUAUGAGUCGUGAGGAAGGCAUAAAAGCUUAUCCUGACAACUCUCAAGCGAGAGCUGCCAAAGUGGAAAGAGAAGCACAGAGCGAUAUAUCUCGCGACGACAUGGGAUUCUCCGUUAACAGCAUAAAACCACUUCCAAAUAAGACUCUUGGCCAUCGAUCCGCAGCUCAGGGAAACUUUAAAAGCUUGGAUCUUAAAAACGAUAAAAGCACAAAGAACUUCCGGCCCGCUGAAAGCCAUGUUCCUAGGACUCGACCCAAGGAACGAGUGAUCUCAAUUCCAGCAAAGUCGAAGAAUGCGCCGCCUCCACAUACGAAAGUGGUCGAGAUAUCUUCCUCUUCGUCAUCUUCCUUGACAUCUUUUCCUCCGUUGGAAUCUAUCAACAGAGCGAAGGGCGACGAGGAUAGCUGUUUAGCGGGUAACUUCGAAAAUCCCGAAGCAGAUCACUCGAGGUCCCGGAGCAGCAAGGAGAGUUUUCCGUCCAUCCCCACUUCGAAGUCCAGGGAUCCAUUGAAAACCAAGAACCCUACGCUACCCUCCAAACCCGAUAAACUUCCUAGGUAUGUGAAAUCUGACGAUGAGAAAAUCUCAGUGCAAGAAAUGGAGCGUCUCCCGAAGCCAAAGAACGAAGAUGAACCUUUGAUAAAAAAGAACGUCCAACAUCUAGACAAGCAAGCUGGUAAACUCCAGCCACUCGAAACCCCAAAUGACGAUCGCACGGAUCUAUCUCAUAAUUAUGCUGCUCAAAAACCUCAACUGCGAUCAACCCAUCAGAGUUCACCAUCUGGAGGUGACACAGAUAAAGAAAAUGUUCCAUUCGAAAAACCUCUCAAGCUAAACCAUCUCAAGCGACCUUAUCACCGAAAAAUGAUAAUUGAUAGUGCGACUGACGAACCAACUAGUGGUCACGGUAAGAGUAUUCCGAAAACUUCCGACGUCGCAAGCUAUUGCGGCUCUGAGAAAACAGACGAACUCGAGGACAUCCAACCGAUCUACAAGCGACCUAAAGUUAUAGCUAAUCUCAAGGAGACGCGUGUGAAACAAUCAGUUUUCAAGAAGCCUGCGCUUCAUUCGUCAGAGUUCGGACAAGAAGCGGUCGAUUUAGAUGAUUCUGGCCUACAGAAGCGAGCACCCGAGAAAUCCAGACCAGAGGCGGAUCGGAAACGUCAAUCACGGGCAAAGCAAAUUAGUAAUAGAGCCCCCGUUGUGACGGUUCUAUCAAAAUCUACUGAUCUUCCGCGCUCGGAACCAGCCAAAAAAUUCACAAAUCGCUUGGCCAGACCUCAUUCACCACGAACAAAAAGAAUUGCAUCAGAAAAAGAAGACACCCACAAAUCUGAAUCCAAAUUCGAAGACUCUCACUACGAUGGAGAUCCAACUUCAGCAUUGGGAGAAUCCGCAGCCACCCUAUUGAAGUCACCGAAUGAGAUUCUGACUUCUAACCGCCCCAAAGUGAAGGGAAUCUCUCUCUCCGACCGGAACCUGUCGACCGAUGACAUGAAGGGCAUACUUUCCGAUUUCCUUGAUCAUGAAGCUAAACCAAUAGAAAUGAAUCGUAAAAGAAAAUCCGAAGUCUUCCAUUCAGAAGCUAAACGAAAGAUUCUCAGGUUUGAACAUGGACACAAUUCUACGAAAAAACUCUUGAUGCCGAAAGAGAGACCUGGCAUGAUUGACUCUCUGGCUUCUCGGCGAAUCGACGAGAAAGAAACACAAUCAAAGCACUUGGAAUCGCAUUCUACGGGACCGCAUUCUGCUGCGAAGAAACGCCUUCGCGAAGUUUCCGUUCCUGCUUCGAUAGUACUUGAAUCCCCGUCCGGACUGACCUUUUAUGCUGAUAAUGAAGGCCUCCGUGAAACUUCCAUUCCUUCUUCGAUCGUACUUGAAUCACCGCCCGAGGUGAGCUUGAAGCAAAUCAUUGAUCACUAUCAGGGUAAUCCACAAGAAUUGCGAGAUUCCGAGCAGAUCUCCGAUCAAGGAGCGUAUGCGAUUGAGUCACAAAGAAUGUACGACAACAUGGAAAGCCCCCGAAGAAGCCGUUUCCCUUCACCUAAACCCCGUUUAGAACAUUUGCUUGAGGAUGCUAUUGAUGAUCAUUCUGAUUCAGUUGAUGAAUUCGACGAUGUAGAAGAGAAGAACAUUCAUGGUCAAGGUCAAAAGAACAGCGACAAACAGGCUGAUAGAACCUUACGUUUUCGACUCCCUUCCCAAAAUUCAGCUGUCAAUAAAGCGAUGGUAACUUCAGUGAGCAAAAGACACGAUGAUAAAUACUUCAUUGGGGGAUCAGAAUUGGGAGUCGGGUACAAAAGGAAGGGUAAACAAGAAAGCGCAUUGGAGUCAUCAACUGAAUGGCCCAAAGAAAGUUUCGACGUCGGUGUCGUCGAAAGACUAACAAGACUCGAGAAGUCAGGCAAGCGAUUGAAUGUUGAUAAAAUACUCAAAGGUUUGAAUAUGGAUGAUGACUUUUCGGAAGAGCCAGGUCCAUCUCGCCAGACCAAACCUAGUUUGAAGAAUGAGAUUGGACAAAAAACUGUCCAAGCACGUGCGCCUGGCUUCGUCCACAAAUCCUUGGGAUCAGAAGCUUCUCCAUCGGUGAGAGCUCCAAAAUCGAAACCAACAUCAACUAUAUGGCCAGAAUCUUCCCGCGCUCAACGUACGGUAGCUGAGCCUAUCAGGAAGGAAAGGACUGAGCGUUUCGUAGACGCGCCGCGAGAAAUCGUUAAGCUGGCCCCUCCAUCGCCUCGAGCUCAAACUAAGUACACAAACGAGCAUGAACAGAAGAUCUCAGAAUGCAUGGACCAGCUCACAAAGAUCAUCAUUGAUAAUUUGGGGCGGAAGAAAAAUGAGACAAAAAGCGCCGCGGUUGAUACACAUAUGAUUCUUGUCAGACAUGCUGAACGUGUGAUGAACACUUGCGUUAAACAAAGUGAGCAGAUUGUGAACUCAAUUCAAGAUCAAAGUCGACAAACAGAAGAAAGACUAGUACCUUUUUUGGAGUCGGUUUUUGAGAUGUGUGAGAAUUUGGAUGAAGAAGCAGCAUGGAUAGUCAAGUAUUACCCUGAACAUCGAAAGAAAGAGAAAGAUCGCAUGAAGUUGAUGGAUGAGAUAUUCGAGAAAUGGAUUCCAUGA